AUUUGAUAACCCAAUUCUUGUGAAAAUAUAUUGUCAACUUCCAUUCUUGACUCUGCACAUUGAGGCUGGAGAGGAUCAAAGAAAAUAUAGACAGAUAAGCUCCCGACCAGUGAUUAAAAAGUGAAUUGAUAUCAACGGAACUCUCCACCAGUGAAAGUGAAUUGAAGUUAUCUCUGGGUUGGAACCAAUGCUGUUGACAGCCUGUCUGCUACCUGGCUUACCUGUUUAUUAUCAGCUGUGAUUACAGGUGAUACGGCAUUGUCACAAGGAUAUAAAGCAUCAUCAGAUAUACAGGAGUUUAUGUUGCUGAACCCCUGGACAGACAAUCAGCAGCCAUAUGUUGAAACUAAAGCUUAAGUCAGAGAACAAAAAGCACAAAAAGCAUCUGGAAUUGAGUCACUUUGGAUCUGGAUGAGAUCGACUUAUUACCUGCAGAUCCCAGCUUUAUACGAAUGUACAUUCUUGACAAAGUAUUGACACAAAAUCAUAAUAUUUUAUUGGAAUAGGAAACCCAAUCAAUGUGUAACUUUAAAUGGAUAUAGGUUGCAUAUAUUGGUCAGAUAUUUAUUUUGCGAUAAUUCUACAGAGAGGAGCAUAGCCAUAAGACAAGAUGUCUGGAUUUUUGACAGGAUGUUUCCAUGACGCAGGAUAUACCUCAGAUGCCCAAUCAAUCUCAACUGCUCAAUCAUCUGUGACAUUCCAUCCACUGAAACCUCCUACAAGGCCUCCCAGAAUGCACCACAACAUGCGGAAAUCUCCGUCACUACCUCAGACCCGUCGUGAUUGCGAACGUAUCAUCCGCGACUUAAUACCUCAUGAAGAUGAAAUGGUCAUCGGACCAGAUGACGUAUAUGACUCUGGAUUAGACGAAUCUUUCAGCUCAGCUUUCUCAAAUCCGUACCCCAUAAUGGGUGUGUCUACAACUAUUGAACGCCCAAUGCAGCGAACCAUAGCAAGGCGGAGCUUCAGAGUGACAUCAGCAAUGACUGACAGGUGCAAUAUGUGUGGAUUUAUCAUCAAAUCAGACCGCGUCUCUGUCCAAAAGGAGAUUUAUCACAUUGCCUGCUUCAAAUGUUGUAUUUGUGAUGUGCCUCUUACGCUGAGAAGUUACAGGAAAUCAAGCAUGGAUGGCCAGUUGUACUGUGAAGACCAUAUGCCAAACUCUAACAUGCAUCACACCACUUCAAGAACUACGGAACAUGUCAAUUCAGCUAAGACACAAGAUUUAUUUGAGAUGUUGGAAAAGCUCCAAGGCAAGAGAAUUGAUGACCAGCGUUGUGAUAUGCCUUCACUCAAUAGCGCCAGUACAUUGCAAAGACCUGAGAAGAAACCGUUAUUUGCAUCAGUACAAGAGGUACUUCGAGGUGCCCAGCCUUACCCCAUGGUAAUCAAGCCACCAAAUGGUGGCUAUUGGAUAGAUGGCGACACACAGAAUCAGAUUGACGCAGAGGGGAACAAACUACCCGGCAGUGAAUCACCAUCUCCCAAUACACCUAGCACUCCAUCAAGUUAUAAAUUUGAGGGAGAUAACACUGCAAAACGUUACCGGGAUCAUUUUCUACAGAAGGAACACUUCAACUUUUAUGGUCAGGAUGAUCAGGUCGGCCCCAUUGUGUUAUCUGUCAAAGAGGAGACAUCGGGGAAUGAUUCCAUUACCCGUGUAAUCUUGAGGACCAAACAAAGAACGAGCCAUGAGGUGAUAUCUAACAGUGAUCCUGACCACUCCCCAAACCCUGCCAAGCUGGCCAAGAUGCUAUGUGAAGACAUCAGUGUCUCCCAACUCUAUCCUGUGCUAUUCUCAAAGGGCUCACAGCUUGUUGUGACAUAUGAUGAACACGUCUGUACAAACACAUACAAGUUUGGCGUAAUCUACCAGCGGUAUGGUCAGGUGACAGAGGAAGAGCUGUUUGGGAAUGAAGAGCAUUCUCCUGCCAUGGAUGAGUUCUUAGAUGUCUUAGGGGAUAGGGUACCUCUAAAGGACUUUAAAGGAUUUCGUGGGGGUCUAGAUACUCAACAUGGCCAGACAGGCGACCAAUCAGUCUACACGCGAUUUGAUGAUAAAGAAAUCAUGUUCCACAUAUCUACAUUAUUGCCAUAUACUGAGGGGGACUCACAGCAACUCCAACGUAAACGACACAUCGGCAACGACAUUGUUGCGAUAAUAUUUCAAGAAACAAACACACCAUUUGUUCCUGAUAUGGUGGCGUCUCAUUUCUUACACUCGUACAUAGUCGUGCAGCCAAUCAAUCCCAAUACAGAAUUCACACAGUAUAAAGUGACAGUGACUUCACGGGAUGAUGUUCCACGCUUCGGUCCAAAGUUACCCAAGCCCGCCAUAUUUAAUAAGGGUGAGGACUUCAAACAGUUUAUUCUCACCAAGUUGAUAAAUGCUGAAAUGGCCUGUUACAAAGCAGAAAAGUUUGCCAAAUUAGAGGAGCGCACAAGGGCAGCAUUGUUGGAUGCUCUGUACCAUGAGUUGUUACAGAGGAAUCAUGAAAUCUUUGGUGCUCCUAGCUCCCCUACAAUAGAGACAAAGUCCGAGAGCAGUAACAGUAUUUUAGACAGUUUCAAAAAGGUGCUAGGUGGUAAAAGAAGUCCCUCAGUGGAGUCGAAUCUUGCCAAUAAAAGAACUAAUGGUCUUGUGUCUGCCCUUCCAUCUGUGGGGGAGGAUUCUUCGAGCUCUCCGGGCCGAAAACAUGGAAAGAAUAAAAACAGACCAUUCUCAACAACAUUAGAUAAGAAAGACUUCACAGAAAAAACAUCCCUUGUAUCCGCUAGUGAAUGCCAAAGCAGCAGCAGUUUCAGCCAGUCUUACCAUACAUGCAUUAGUGCACCAACUACGCCCAACUCCUCUAGUCCAGACACUCCCCUACAACUCAAAAAUGGGGUAUGCCAACGCACUCCUUCUACCCACUCUAGUGACACAAGCAGUUUUAACAGUAUUGAUGACUUCGAUGAUGCAUUCACAUCAGGCAUCCAUCACGAUGACUCAGAUACGGGCAUGGAAAGUAUGUCUUCCUCAGAAGCCAACAACAAUAAAAGAAUAAGUCUGUCAAACAGUUUCCAAGAUGACCCUGGCUGUAUUACUGAUAUGGACAGUGAAUCCCUACUUCGCCAAAUGGAACAGCUGAGGUUGGAAGUGAUGAAGCUGAAAAGUGAAAAAAUUGAUCUCCUACGUCAAAAUGUGACCAGUCAGCGAGAAAUCAAGCGAUUAAAAGAACAAGACAUUCGCCUAGCAACAGAGCUUGGCAACCAGCAACGGGAGAUUGGACAUUUAAAGUCACGCUGCAUUGAGAUAAGCGAGGAAGCAAACGUCUAGAGCCACUGGGCUGAAAUCAAAAUAUUUGGACUGUGUUCUAAGGAAUGUGUUCUAAUAAAUCACCGCCAUUUGAAACCUAGAGCCAUGAAGGAAAUAAACUAUGAAAGAACUUUCUCUGCACGAUUUGAGGAACUGAUAGCCAUUAUUUAAGUUUACUUGUUUCUUAUCUUUGCUGGACUUGCUCCAAAAGAAAGAUCUUACACCAUGUUCCUGUACAAUACAAUUUACUAUAUGUAAAAGAACGAUUGAAAAUCCAUUGACUCUUGAGGAUUCAAAGAACAGAGAUUGUCUCUAUAUUUUUGCAUAACCCACAUCAGUGAAGAUGUAUUGUGUACUGUAUAAGUCUACUGAGUUGAAGUGUACCUUAUAUUGUGCUAUUGUAUUCAAAUACCUGAACAACUGUCUAGCUUUAAAGGUGGGUAAGAUGUGCAUUGAGUUGGUGAGAUUUGCUUUUGCUUCAAGUCUCUGGACCCUCAUCACCACCUUGUUUAGGCAAUGAGUGUUCGGUUGGGGGGUCAUAGGGGCUUGAAGUAAGACUAGUAUGCUCAUGUUAAAUCCAGACUAAUCAGAGCAUGACUGUUUGGAGAAAUGACCAAUUAUCUGCUCAUAAGACAAAAUUGGGUCCUGUCAUAAUUA